UCCACACUAGAGCCAGACAGGUUCUUUUCCCUUCUGUAAAUUAGAUCCUGUCUCUGGCUCAUUAUUUAUUUUUCACCAGCUUGGAAGCUCCUAGAUUUCUAGUCAUCAGCCUUCUGGCUCCAAACUGACUACAGGGAGCUGAGUUUGCUCUCCCUUGCAUCCCUGUGAGUAGCACAGAAGAAGGCAUAGUGAGCAUGUGGCAGCCCUGAACUGCCCAGACCUCAAUAGCAAAAAGGAGUGUUGCAGGAGCAAGUCUAAUGCAGUGACCUAGCUGCAGGCCACCUCUAACUGCUUGAUCAGCAUCCUGUUAAAAGAGGCUGGGAAACAGAAGGCUGGAUGGAAGCAACAAGUCUGCUUGCCACUGCCCCUAGCCAUGUGUGUUGCCAUCUUCAUUCUGGCCUUGACCUGGACACCUGGAUUCAUGUCAGGUGUGUUACCCCUUUACAUUUGAUACCCGUGAGAACUGUCUUGGGACUGGACUUGGACUACUGAAUACAGUGUGUGUAAGCACGCAUGUGCACAUGACAGUGGCUUCAAAUUAGAGGGGUAUAUAAACUGCUUGGAAGCUAUAGUUAGCUGUGAGGCUCUUAACAUCAGCUGUCAGCAUAACCAUUGAGAAAUCCUCCAAACUAACUGGAAAAACAGCACCCAUUGGGAAUGUUCAUCAUAUGAAGGGGAUCGGUACACUUAGGCCCCUUCUGCACGGGCCAAAAAACCUGGAAUGGGGGUGAGGAAAAACCCAUUUCGAGGGGGGGGGCUUCACACAGCUCCCGCCCCUAAAGUGAGGCUGCCCCACAUUUUCCCCCCAAACAGGUUAUUCAAUUGAGCUACCCGCAAUCCUCUUGUUUUAACAUGGAGUACAGCUGCUUGCGCUUGCCUCCUGGUUUUUAAAGGUCCUCCCCACGCAGCUAUGCAGCAAUGGAAGUGAGGGUUUUGGGUUUUUUAAGACACACCUCCAUGCAAAAGUGCAACAGCAGCCCGCAUUGCUUCCACGGACUCCACUGCCUGCACAGAGGCAUGCGAAUGGGACAGUAGGAGAGUGAGUUACUUUAUCCCACCUGCAACCCGCUCUCCCGGUGUUGUGCAGAUGGGACCUAGGCUGUAAUAAUGCAAACUACUCUAUUACUAGUCAACCUCAUGAACAAACACAGUUGUCUUUUUAAACAUUUUAUAUAUUGUUAUAACGCAGUCACCCUGAAGAAAAUAUAUAUAAUUCCAGAUCGCAACAAACUUAAAGGCACAUGUAUAUUUGGACUAAUCAAACCCCAGUUGGUUUGACCUUGGGAUUCCCUUCAAUCUGGCCCAGUUACCUAGACAGCAAAGAACAAGCCGCCUCUGGAGUCCCAGUAGAUUUGAACAGAAAUGCUUGAAACGUGUAUUUUUUAUAGUUUUAUUUCUAGGGCUAGAUGUUAAUUAAGUUUUGAUUCUGUACGUUAUAGGGGAGCAGAAGAAACACUUUAAAUACUCAGAUAGCUGAAAUUGACACAUUUUGUACAAGAGGCUACUGGCGAUUUUGCAUUCUGUCCUGAACUUUUAAGAAAUUUCUGAGGUAUGGAAUGUAUUAUUGAUACUAUAAUUCUUUGAUGUCUACCAUAUAUAUUUUCUUUAGAGUGACUGCAUUCACCUUGUAUUAUUUUGAAAAAUUGUAUACUAUUGUGAAAUAUGAGUGAUAACUUGAAAUAUCAGUGAAAACAAUUUGCUUUAGAGAAUCCAUUGUGGAACUUUGAGAGAUAAUAAUAUAUAUAAUGUUUAAAAAGACACUUGUGUUUGUUCACAAGGUUAACUAGUACAUAGUGGUUUGCAUUAUUACACCCAUUGGGAAAGUUGCAGGAGCAAUAAUCUACCUUCCCAAAGCCCCAACAGGUCCUUGUGCAACGAAUAAAGUGCAGCUAAGAUUGCACAAGCCUAAUAUUUGAAAUCACCAGCUGUUGCAAGAGUUAGGGUAUAGUUAGUCACAAAAUAAAGAAAUGGACACAAUACAUGGAAGAUAACUAUAUUUCUAGUUAGGUUGUGGGAGAAAUUAACUCUUGUUGAUUUCACAGCAAAAACAGAACAUAUCUUGUGUAUAGAAGGCUUAAACAAGAAAAAAUUGGUAAUGUCAUAGACUUAAAUAAAACUGUAUUUUAUCUCUCACGCAAGAAUCAAUCCGAUUACACUCAAGAACAGUUAUUCAGAUGCGUAGCUAUUAUGGCAGCUCUUUAUGGUCAAUAUGUCAAACUUUUUUUAUUCAAAAGCCACUUAAGGAUCAAGAGGCUACAGUUUCUCUUAAUCGGUUGAAUUUAUUCAUUCUAAUGCAUACCUAAGAGCCAGAAGCACAUUACCAGACUAGAAAGGAUUUCAGCCUGUGGUUGAUGUUUUAUGAACAGCUCUGUUAGCCUCUGCAAAUAUUUAAACUUAAUAAGGUCCUGUUUGAGAAAGUACUCAUCCAAAUGUGAGUCAAUAGACAUCUUGUAAUUGGAAAACAGUAUCUCAAAGCAAGAUAUGAAUUGGCUGCAUUUAGCACAAAAAGCUGUUCCUUCCCAAGCAGCAACAAGCCAAACCACCACUGUUAGCAGUUGACUCCUAGAGGAAUAAUUCUCCACUUAUUUUCAGGAAUGAACCUUUUAUCCUUUUUUUGCUGCAAAAAGACUGCAGCGCACUACAUGCAUGUGAACAGCUGAAGAGAAGACCAUGGGGCAGUAACACAGCACAAACAGGAAGGUGGGCCUUGGGAAAGCUUCCCAGGGCUCAAGGGAGGGGGCAUGGUUCAGAGCACCAUUCCUAUGUGGGUGUGUACAAGCCAAGCCCUCUAUCCUGGUGUUUGUGCAGUCUCGCAAACCGGACGGCGAACAGCCCACAAGCUUCUCUAGAAGGCUCUCUCUCUCUCUCUCUCUCUCCUCUCCCAAAGCAGCCUUCUCCGUGAAACACUUUCACUUUCAGGAAGAAAGCAAAACAAAUCCAACUGCUGGCAACGCCACAGUCCGACCACUUUUAUUCACAGCAGUUAAAAACAGGAACAGAAAAAACAAUUUUGCAGGUAGUUGCACUGCUGGUUAAAAACUAUUUCAGUACUGAAUAAAACAAGGGCUACAUGCCCUAAUUUAACUACCACCCUCCUUGCACAAAGGACGAAAGAGUUUUUCUGCCUUUCCCCUUCCUUCCCUGUGCUUAUCUACCCUUUCCUGUAUCAGCACCAGCUGUUCCUUUUUAGGGUGAUAAUGAUUAUGUCUUGCCUGCAGUAAUCCAACUAGUGGUGCUGUUCUAACUUACAAUGCAAUCCUUGCAUACAGGGUGGCCCUGGCCUAUUAUGCAUGUGCUUGAGAUGCCAACUUGUCCCCAAGUAAUCAACAGGAGAAUGGGGUGCAAAUUCCCCCCUUUGCCCUCAAGAAAGUGGUUGUUCUGCAGGGCACCCACUCGCAAUCAGCUAGUAGGGCAGGAGGCCAAGUGGGGGAAGACUAUUGCAAUCACAUCUCAAGGCAAUAGGGUGGGACCGAGAUCCCGACUCCUGCUAUCACCUCCCGCUUGGUGAGCCUGCCUUGCUUGGCUUUCCAUGGGACCCAGAACUGAGCCAAAGGAACAGCUGCUGCAUAUUUGGCGACCCCAACAUUUUGAUCCCCCAGCACUCCCCCUUUGGCUGCACGUGGAGACGGGGCUGAGGGAAACUCAGCUUCCAGAUGAAGCCGUCACCUGCAUGACUCUAUGGAGAUCUAGAUACAUGGCAAAACUUGGAACAGUUCCAUUUCCUAUGAUUUAGCCAUCUGUAUCUUUAUAACAUUUAUAUACCAGUGUAGUAGAGACCUGAAGCUGUCAUGUGUUUCAUCAAUAAUCUGAUCUAGCUUUAUAGACAAACUAAGAGAAAUACAGGGUAGGGUCUCUUAAUACAAAAUAAUUUACAACAUUUUACUAACAGUGCGGUUUGGGGAGAAUGCUAUGGAACCUUUUAAUCUCAACACAGUUUAGGGCCUCAGCAUGUCGGGCACUGCCAAUAAUAACUACAUUCACUAUGGUCCUUAAAACUUUUCUAAUAGAGCUGUUAUAAGCUCUUUCAAUCUUAACCUCAACCUGAAAAGUGGAGCUCAUAAAACAGAGCGCUUGUAAGCUGUAAUUUGGCAAGAUCAAUAGGUGACUAGUUUAGAAGAACCAGGGUUAUAAAUUAGUUCCCCUCAACACUCACCUCAGUCUGUUCUCUAGUCCCAAGUUAUUGUGUUUGCAAGCCAUAGACAGAUUGAACUUCUUUUUUUGGAAGGGGGGGUCAGUACUGAUUUACAAAUUGAAGUCUAGCAUGGGAAUCAAAGGAAUUUGAGUACAGCUAUGCCUUGACACAGCCACUUAUCUGAAGGACCUUCUCCUCAGCUAUGUCCCGUGUGCCAAGCACAGUUCUCAAUCUGCCCCCUCCUGGCUCUUCCCCCAGUCAAGGUGGCCCACCUGGCCUCAAGCAGAAUCUCUUCCUUCUCCAUUUUAGCUCACUCUAUGGAAUGGGCUCCCUGAGCAGGUAGAAGGGAGCCUUCACCAAAAAUCUUCAGGUGGCACUGCAAGGCCUUGUUAGUUUCUUGGGCUUUCCAUGAGGUAUGGACUGCAAGUAUUUUAUAUGGAAAGGGCUGGGGGGAGGGGGUGUUGGUAUGUUUUAAAUUGCACCAUUUUAAAUUGUUAUUUGUACCUUGAGUCACAUGGAAGUGUCAAAUAUAAAUAUUUUAAUUAAACGUUGUUUUUCAAAAUAAUUCUGGUGAAAUUCUUUAGAAACUUCAAAGGAAGGUGAGGCCUUUUCUCUUGCCCAUUACAUUCAAUCCUACAAUGAUCCUCCUUCCAAUGGUUCCUCUGCUCCUCUCUUGCUGGACUUGCCUGCCCCCUCCACUCUUCCCAUGCAUGCUGGGAUUGAACUUGGGCCCUGUUGAACUUUGUGCUAACAAGUUUCCUGGAAAAGAGGGAGAAGGGGAGCUGGCAUGGGCCUCAUGUCUUCAUUUGAUUUUUCACUUCUCCAGACAUGACAAUUGUGGCAAAUACUUCUUGGCCUUAGAAGGGACUGAAGAGACAGACUUUGGCCUGAAGAUACUGCUAUGCCUGCAGGACACAAAAAGGAGGAGGGGCAGAUUCCAUAUAAACUGGGCAAAGUUAUUCUUGAGUUAUAGAGCUCAGGAGCGGCUUCAGUUAAUUUCUGGAAAGAAGCUGCACUUUUCUAGACAAUAGCUGCCAAGGAGCUGGUACACGUCUGCAGCAUUUCACUUUCCAUGAUGAAGUGCUCUUCUGUUGGUGUGAAGGGAGCCGCGGCUGCUUGGAUCUCUACUGCAGUCCUGAUUUCUGCCUGCAUCGCUCUCACUGUGUAUCUGACAGUCAACAGAGACUCCCCUCCAGAAUUGGCACCCAAGCCAAUUUUCAGCACUGCCGGAAAUGUAUUGGAUUAUCUGCUAAACCUGAAGAGAAUAGACCAAAAGGAUGGAUUAUUAGUCAGCUGGCACCAUGCUGCGAACAAAAAGAGUGAGAUGGAACAAGCUUUAAAGAGUGAUGUUAUGGUCCUAGAAGCAGAUGUCACCACUGAAGGAUACAACACACGCAACGAAACAGACAAACCCAUCAUGGCCCAUCCACCUGACAUCUACAGUGACAACUCUCUGCAGGAAUGGCUGGAGGCUGUGCUUUCAUCCAACAAAGCUAUCAAGCUAGAUUUCAAAACCAUCAAGGCUGUUGGCCCGUCCCUGGAUAUCUUAGCCAAAAAAUCCUCUCAAGUGGCUAUUGAUAGGCCUGUGUGGCUAAAUGCAGAUAUUUUGAAAGGUCCCAAUGUGCCUAUUAACACUGCAGUCAAUGCCAGCCUAUUCCUCUCAGUCAUCCAAGAGAAGUUUCCAAACUGUACUCUCUCUGUCGGCUGGACAACUCUUUAUUUCCCCUUCUUCUCAAAUAAGACCUAUACCCAGAAAAUGGUUGAGGAAAUGCAUAGCCUUGUGGGAAAGCUGCGUCAGCGAAUCACCUUCCCUAUAAGAGCUGUCAUGGCAAGGCCAGCCUGGCCUCAUUUGAGCUGGCUUCUGACUCAAUCUAACAGAUACAGUUUGACUUUAUGGCAAGGAAAGACUGACCCAGUUACUGUAGAAGAUCUCCUGUUUAUCCGAGAGAAUAGUCAUCCUGAACAAAUCUUUUAUGACAUUUAUGAUCCUGUUUUGUCUCAGUUUAAAGAGAGGGCGCUCAACUCUACAAGAAAAUUCUAACGGGAAGCAGUUUGUGUGGUUUUACCCAACUGGAUACUGACAGACUCUGUGGGAGGGGGGUUGCUGCACUAUGAUAAGUACUAUGAUAAGACUAUGAUCUAUUCAGAAAGAAUGUUGGCACCAUCCUAUUUGGCACUGUAGGUUCACCACUGUAGGUUCACCACAGACUCAGUGUUGAAAAUCUUGCAGAGACUCCUCAGGGGAGCAACAGAGCAGACUCUUCAUGACAAACAGAAACACAGCAGUUUUUUUUAAACGUACUGUUCUUGCCAUUUAUUUCAACAAACUUACAAAAUCGUGACUGUCAUGGAAGACAAGACAAAGCCCAAAUCAACAAACCUGAUGGAAGAUCGUAAAAGAAAAGACUGAUCAAGCAAUGCACAGAAUGCCCAGAAUGGUGAUCACACAUUCAGGCCACAAUUGUCAAGCGAUCAAAAACAAAAAAGAACAUUUUCCAGAAUUCUGUGAGAAGAACAAUAACUUUGUCACAAUCUCUAUCAAGCUCGGACUGAUCAAGAAACAACAGACGGUUUCCAACAUUCAAGAAAGACUAACACCGCAAUCCUAGCAGUACAAUCCAGUUGUGGGGUGGGGGAGUACUGUGGGAACCAAAGGCGGCAUAGACGGCACCGCCAGUCUAUGGUGCCUUUGUCCCCUCCAGCAGUCAUUCCCUAUGCAUGUUUUCCCCACCCCCUGCCCACCCCCCAAUCUGGACUGAACAUAGACUGGAGUAUGUCAGUAUACAAUCAAGCUGUAAGGAAGAGACAUUCAUAAAGGACUAGAUCUUCCAAUUCUCACAUGUGACAUCAUUUGACAUUUUGCAGCAUUUAUUUAAAGUGCACAGAAGCAAGACAAACCAAGGUUUCAAGAGGCAGAUGCACUGUGAUGCAAGCAGUGGCGUAGCAGCAAAGGGAAAGGGGGUGCGCGACGCACCAGGUGCAGGCCAGUGCGGGGCCAUGGGGCGGGCAUUCCAGGGUGUGGCAAGGGCAGAGGGCGCAUCCGGCCCUGGAUGCAAGCCAGUGCUCAGAAUACCCACCACUAAGCCCUGUGUAAAAGUCUAAAACCCUUCAAAUAAAGAAUUAUUCCAAUAAA